GACGGUUGCGUAACGCGAAUGUUUCAAUAUUAUUGGCCUGCGAAUAUCGGCCGAAUAUCAAACAAUUUUUCGUAUACGCAACACUUUAAUAUACGUUUACUCGUACCAAUAAUAUUACUGUGAUAAUCGAUAUAAUAUUGUUAUAAUAUUAUAGCGACGUUCCGCGUUAUAAUUAAAUAUAUUUAUAUUGUUUUUGAAAACCGUCGUCUCGAGAUGAUGAUAUCAGAGUUUAAAACCGCCGAUGUUUCGCCGACGACUGCAGCAACCGGACAACGUCGUCGUACUCACAAUAAUAAUAUUUUAUAAAUUAAUAUAAUAUUAUCAGUCGGUUUUCAAAAUUAUCAGCAACAGUUAUAAGAACAUAGUUUGUCUCCUCGUCACUCGCCAACCAAAUGUCACGUAACCCGAUCAUUAUAAAUAAAGAAAUCAGUAAAUAAAUAAAUAAAUCACUUCGAGACAAGAAAUGUCUUCGCCAAACGUAUGGGUGGUUUGCACCCUGUUGGCCAGCGUCCUCUGCGGAACCCACGGAGUAAACAGCCCGACCAAAACUUACACUGGAUACAAGCUGAAGCCAACGUCUCUGCGCAUGAUUUAUCACCAUGACCAAACCAUAGCCAUCGUUGAGAUUGGCGAAGGCAAAGCGCUCCUCAACUGCGAGCUCGUCGAAAUCUACAACGACGACGAAGGCAAAGAAAUGUUGAAAAAUCUGACAAGAAUCAACAAGCCGCUGCGGAUCACCCUAGACCAAAUGAUGAAACUGAUUGGCCAAUGCGAUCUGUUGGACCCACACCAAGUCAAUCCCGAAGAGGUGAGGCUGCACGCGCGAGGUGUCAACGGCGGUGAUGAAAUGAACUCGAACGGCGUCCAAACGACUACGUCCAGUUCGCUGUACUCGGGAAUACUACCAGGUACAAAAUGGUGCGGCAGUGGGGAUCUGGCUUCAACGUAUUUUGAUUUGGGAUCAGAGGUCAAACUAGACAUGUGUUGCAGAACACACGAUCUGUGUCCAUCAAAAGUCAGAUCAUACGCUACUAGAUACAACGUCACCAACGAUUCCAUGUACACAAAAUCGCAUUGCAUUUGUGACAAAACUUUUUACAACUGUCUGAAAAAGGCAAAACAUUCAACCGGAGAUCUCAUGGGAACUUUAUACUUCAAUAUACUUCGUGUGCCAUGUGUGGAUGAAAGGAAUGGAAAAACAGUGUUUAAAUUACCACCAUUAUAUUAAAUUAUAUUUUAAUGUUUGUUUAAUUAUUAAGAUACUUCAUAUUGUGUAUUAGUUUAUUCAUAUUUAUUUUAAUAUUUAUACAUGAGUAGAAACUGAUGAACAAAAUCAAAUUAUACAAUGUACAUUACAUUAUCGAACUCAAUGUUGACAAUAAUAUUAUUGUCGCAGUAUUAAUUGUUAUACAAGUUUUAAAGUUUUAUUAAUAAAUUUG